AUGACGCAACAAUCAGAACAAUAUGAAGUCAGCGAAGAAGAAUGGAGUGUUUAUAAUAUAAUACAAGGACGUGGUACUGGAUUUAUAGAUGAUAUUAAAAUUUCUGAAUUGGUUAAUAAGUCACUGCUGGGGGUCAGUUGGGGCAAUUUAAAAGAAAUAUUAAAUAAUUUAUAUGCAUUUGGAUUAUUAAGAAAAAAACAAACUAAUGAUGAUAGAUGUUUAUAUCAAGCUCGACCUAAAGAAAUUUAUAGCAAAUUACAAUUUCUUGAUAACCAAGGAUAUGAGAUUUUCGAACUUAUAGAGAAUUCAGAGAGAAGAGGUAUAGCAAAAUCAGAAAUUCAAAAACAAACAAAAAUAGUAUCAUCUAUUAUUGAUGAUUCAUUAAAAAUGAUGCAAGAACAAAAAUUGGUCAAAGAAGUUAAACCAAAGAGUAAGAAAUUAUAUAUGUUAUAUGAUAUCAAACCAGUUGAUGAAUCACUUAGCAGAUUAUUAUAUACGAAUGGUGAAGCAGACACAGUUGUAGUAGAGGCUUUGAAAACACUAUGUUAUAAUUUAGUUCAUCAUAGGAGUUUUCCUAAAAGUUCAAAUGAUGAAGGUAUAUUCAUUCCAGGUUAUACUGGAUAUCCAACAUUGGAAAAGAUUUUGCAAUGUGUACAAGACGCAAAAAUUACAGAUAUUGAAGUUGAAGAGUCUGAUAUAAGACAAAUUCUUGAUCUGUUAGUGUAUGAAGGCAAGAUUGUAAAAAGAACUGUUCCUAUCAUCAGUUCAAUGGUAUCAGAAAGUUUAGAUCAUAUAGAAAUACAGAAUAAUAAUAGUAACCAUAGUAGUAGUAUUAGCAGUGGUAAUAACAUUAAGGCAUCAACAUCAAUAUCAGUACAAAGCACACAAAUUGUUUUUGUUGCUAAAAAAUCCAGAUCUUUGGAAAAUGCGUGGACUCAAAUACCAUGUGGCAGAUGUCCAAAUGAAUGUUCAGAGGAUGGAGAAAUAUCACCAUCUAAUUGUAUAUUUUAUCAACAAUGGUUGGCUAAAGGAUUGAAUACAAUUAAUGACAAAAACAAGAGAAAAGAUGAAGAUUG